GUCACGUUUGAAGAUGGCUGGAAAAAGUGUAGGAUCUGGAAUCUCUUCUUUAUUACAAGGGUCUUGCAAAUUUUGCAAGGUUUGUAACAUGCGUAAUGUUUUUUGAAUUGUAAACUUGUGCCCUCGAGUAAAAAACUUUUUCGUCAUGAUCAAGUCAGAUUUUCUCUUUCGUCGUGGCAGAUUGCACGUUGCGCUAUUUUUACUCUGUAAUUAUUUAGAUGGCUUUCUAAGUGUUUGUGCAUUUUACUGAAAUUAAAUUUACGCAUAGUUUGAAUUUUAAAGAAAAUUGUGGCAAGUCAUAAUUUUUAUUUUCUACUCUUAAAAUAUUUAUUUAGAUAUUCACAACAGCUCUUCCCGAUUUUCUCUGCUAACAAAAGGGGUGAAGGUCUAAAAUAGGGGUUACCUUUGGGUGUACCCCUGUUGCUGUACCCCAUUCCUAGCUGAAACUGCAUACUGUUUUCAUCUUCAAGAAAUUUUACAGCUUAUUUCUGUGAUUAACAGACAAGGGUGUUUACUGCUGAAUUCAUGUGAAAUAUGAAGUGAUAAUGCUCGCUCGCCUUUCGACCUUUUUUAGUGAAAAUAAUUCACAUAGAUGUUACUUUAAAUGGAUGAAUAAUCAAUAGAAUUUAAUUUCACAGCAACGAGCAAUCUGGUUCAAAAGAUAUCCACAGACAUGGCUUAGGGGUCUGCAAACAUCAGCGGCUCGGAAUGAACAGGUGUGUUUUAAAUCCAGAUUAAAGAUGCAAAUGCAGACUAUUUAUCAUUGAUAACCUUUAUUUUUACCUCUUGUGAUUAUAUUGUUGGUAAAUUAUUUAUGAUCAUGAUGGAUCUACUUGAUGUCUUACAUAUGAUGUGACAGUUGAUAUUAACUAUUUCAUUCCCAUGAUCUAGCUGUUAAUUCUCCCCUUAAUCCUUUCCUUAAUUAACCCCCAAGAGUGACUGGCAUCUAAUUUCUUCUUACAAGAUCACCCCUGAGUAAAACAUUAAGGUCAUGAGAAUGAGGGAAAUGAUCAGCAACUAAAGAAGCUCUUGAUUGUUAAACAAAUUCUCCUUUUUAGAACCUCAAGAAAUGUAGAGAAUCUAACUAGAGUGAAUACUCAAGAUGAUAAUGAUGAUGAUGAGGGUUAAUCACUUCUGAGAGUUGAAGGGUUGAAUGCAUUGUAUUGUAAUCAGGAUGAUGACGAUGAGGAUGACAAUGAUAAUGAUAAUGAUGAUAAUGAGAUAUCUUUGGAAAAACUAUUUGACAGACAUGUUCUGAUCUCUCACCCUAAUAUUAUCAUUAUCUUGUAGCUUUUUGACAAGAUUCUUAUUGCCAACAGAGGAGAGAUUGCCUGUAGGGUAUGUAACAUAUAUCUGGGAGUAUGUGAUUUAAGUUUACACUUUUAUUACAUCUUGUCACUGUACAUGAAUUUCCUUUUUUCUUUUAAUUUUAGGUCAUGAAAACAUGUAAACGUCUUGGAAUUAAAACUGUUGCUAUCUAUAGUGAAGCAGAUGCAAAUGCUGUGAGUUUACUAUCAAAAUACUUCUUCCUUACUCCUAUGUCUUUAUUUGUUGGAUUUAUUAAACUACAUAAUACCAAUAAACUCAAAUCAUCAUACAUUAGAGUCUGAAGAAAAAAUUGGCAUUUUAAGCAGAAGAUUUAACAGUAGCCUUUUCUUCAGGAGUAACUAUCAAUUGUGAAAUAGGUAUAGCUCUGAAAAAAGGACCACAGGAAUUGUAUUAGAUAAAACCUUAACUGAUGGAAAUUAAAGGAGGCCUUUCCAGGCUUUUUAAGCAGCAAUCAGUAACUGGUAACUGGCUUUUAACUGAAAAUCUCUGUUUGCCCUUUAACUCCCAAGAUCUCAAUUGUAAUUCUCCUUACUGUCUACCAUACAGUUAUCAUGAUUUAAUUUUGGAGAAUUUGGUGUUAGACCAGCUUAUAAAACUGUAAUUGAUAUUUUUCUUUAUUCCCAUCACUUGUCUGCUUGUCACUGUGUUGAUAUUAUAUGGAGAAGUUCUGUCUUGGUCACUCAUGGGAGUUUAACCUUUAAAGUGAUUCACAUGUAACUUCUCUCUAUGAUACUCAUACAAUGUCCAGCAAACAGGUAAUGAGAAUACCCAAACUUAUCAGGUAGAAGUUGUUGUCUUAAUCUAACUCUAAAUUCUCUGAACUAAUACACAAGGAAUUCUGCAGUAGCUAGAGAGGAGAAUUAACAAUUAGAUCUUAGGAUUUAAAGAGUUAUGGGUUAAAACAAAAUGACUUCAACUUUGUUAUUGAACUUCAAAUUAUUUUCCAUUUUAGCUGCAUGUCAAAACAGCAGAUGAAUCAUUCUGUGUUGGUCCUCCUCCAACAAAUCAAAGUUAUCUCAACAUGGAUGCGAUCAUGGAAGCCUUACAUACAACAGGAGCACAAGCGGUAGACAAUGAACAUCUUGGCCCUUUACUACUAAAGAUCUUAACCUUUUAUACACUAGCAUCACUAUACAACUUCUCCUUGCUGUUCUCUGUACAUUUUCUAUGGCAUUGUAAGGAGAAUUUGUUUAACAAUCAAGAGCUUCAUGACUUUGUUUUCAAUUCCCUUUUUUUCUCCUGAUCUUGAUGUUUGCUUCAGGUGUGAUAUUGUUGGGAGAAGUUCGAUGCUUAUCAAUCUUAGGGGUAAAAGGGUUACAUGUAAUCCUUCCUUUUAGCUGCCAUGAAUUGUGUUAUAAUAUUCUAUGAUAAGAACACUCCAUCUGUUUUUUAAUAUUCUCCUCUUUUUGGACUCAUUACUUAUUACUGCUUGCAGGUUCAUCCAGGAUAUGGUUUUCUAUCAGAAAAUGGCAAGUUUGUUGCAAUGCUGGUAAGCAUAACUUACCCCUUGGAUUGCUAGCCAUGUAGAAAAUUGAUUUGAGACAAAAUUCAUUCAUAAGCAGUGAAAUUAUUCAUUCUGCAAAAGGUGAAGGCUUGAUAAAUAAAGAAUAGCCUCCAUUUGACACAACAGUGGAGGCAAUUGUGUUUGAUAUCCUUCAAAUAUUUUUUAACAUGCAGGGAAAAUGUUUAUGAACAGCUCACCAUUCACUGCAUGGGAUGUUCACUUUACAGUUUUCUCUGGUACAAUUUACGAACAAAAACACAUGUUCCUUCCUCUGUACAACCACACAAAGCUCUGUCAUUUUGAAUUAGAUUUUAAAUGUAGAGUUUUCCAGCUGAAACUGGGGGAUAUUUGGUCACACAAUGCAUUAAAACCAAUUGCGCAUGAGAAAAAAAUUUUUGGAUUAUAAUAAUAACUAUCAUUUGCAAUGAAAAAUUUUUUGUCUCUGAUAAAUUUGUUUACAAAGUUUUCCCUUACCUAUAAUGAAAACAGAAAAAAUUGGUCACAGGGUUAUUUUUUCUAUCUUUGUUUACCUUUGACAGUGUACUUAUAAUAAUUUUUUGUGUCACAUGUUGCCCAAUUUUCAUUUCAUUUAACUAUUAACGUUUCAAAUAUUUUUUUAAAUAGAUGAUAACUAUUUGAAUGUGCUGUUUAGGAAAAAGCUGGUAUCACCUUCAUUGGACCAAAUGCUGCAGCAAUUCAAGCCAUGGGUGAUAAAAUUCAAAGUAAACUGAUUGGCAAGAAGGCUGGAGUUAAUAUUAUUCCUGGAUUUGAAGGUGUUGUAAAGGUGAGACCAUGUUGCUUCAAAUUAAUCCUGUAUACCCCAAUAUCAUUUUGCUUAUUAAUAUUCUACUUAAUUUUCUCUAUAAAUUUUCUAUGGCACCGAUUAGGAAUAUUUGUUAAACAAUCUAGAGCUCUUCUAGUUGGGAUUCAUUUCCUGUACUCUUGCGACUGUAAUUUCUGAUUUAAAGGUGACACUGCAGGAGAAUUAUAUGGUAUUUACUUCGAAAGUUUUAAGGAUCACAGAUCAUUUCAAGCCAUGGAUAUUUAUUACAAAAACACAUUUAAUACAGUAAGACAGUGUAGCAAUCCAGUAAGGGUUUCUCAAAAUAAAAUUCCUGUCUGAUUUUUUGAAAUGUUAUCAAACAAAAUUCCAAGUUAUAGAAAGAAUUAAAAUUGUCUGAAUUUGUAACAUUUUGAGUUUUGUGUUUCUUUAGAAUGAUGAAGAUGCUGUCAGAAUAGCAAACGAGAUAGGUAUGUUACAAACUCAGAACACAAAUUCUUUGGGAGGCUAAUAUCUAAAUGAAGUUUAAUUGCUAUUUUCUAAAUUAAGUUUUCAAGUGGUUUCCACUAGGUACACAUACAUGUCUCAUCUAAAGAUUGAUCUUGUAGAUGAAUACUACAUGUUGAAUGCCACAAAAUGAGAGCACAUUUAAUUUAUUUGCCAGAUGGACAUGUAUUUAGAUGUAUAGAUUUGUAGAGGUGUAGAUGCAUAUAUGUGAUUAGACUGAAAAUAAAUGAUGAAUACAAAUAUUUAACCAAGAAAAUAUAACAAAAUUAAGAACAACAACAAAAAAGUUAAUGAAAUAGGAACAAGCUUACAAUUUGUGGCAUAACCAGGUCCAGUAGGAAAUAUCUUAAAUGAAAGCAACAUGGUGCUAGCAAAACGUAACACAAAGACUGAUGUAGUUGAAAUCAUCUGGCAGUGACUGAAUUAUCUGGUGAAAACAAUGCGCAUACUGGCAAGAAAUAAAUAUUUUUGGCAUUUUGUAAUUCUUUCAUAACCUCACACAAAAACUUAAUGGAACAGAGACAGAACAUUACAAUUACAGCAGAAAGAAAAAAAUAUGAAAUUAUGUAGCAGUUGCUUAACCCUUUAACUCCAAGAUCAAAUUUGUAAUUCUCCUUACAGUCAACCAUACAAUUCUUAUAAUGUUAGCUCAGAGAAUUUAGUAUUGGAUCAACUGAUUAUCCCCAAAUUGAUAUUUUUCUUUAUUCUCAUCACUCAUCUGGUUGAUAUUGUAUUAAUAUUGUAAAGAGAAAUUCUGUCUUGGUCACUAAUGGGAGUUAAAGGGUUAACAAUAAACAGAGAUGCAAGUUCUAGUUGAUACAGAUCUUUUUAAACAAUGUCAAAAAAGGGUUAGAACAAACUUUAGGAAAAGGUAUGUUUUCCUCAAACAAGCCUUUUAAAGAAACCUAGGGAUCUUUUAAUGGUCUAAAAUCAUGACUCAAGUAGAACUAAAAAUUAUAGCCAGCUUAUAGGUAGUAUACCCCUCUUGAUUGCUUGUGAGCUUCACUUAAUAGUCAUCAUCAAUCUUUAGGUUAUCCAGUCAUGAUCAAGGCUUCCGCUGGUGGAGGUGGCAAAGGAAUGAGAAUUGCUUGGAAUGAUGAGGAAACAAAGUAGGAAAUGUAGUUUCUUCUUCCUUUUCUAUUUAAUUCUGUUACCACACUGUUGGAGGCAAUUAGAUUGCAAGGAUCGCCAGUGAUUUCAAAGUGAGUAUGAUAAAGCUGUGAAUAUGAUCAUAAGAUCUGAAAGACAUACUGUUUUUCUAUCAGAGAAGGGUUUCGACUCUCAUCCCAAGAAGCAAGAUCCAGUUUUGGGGAUGACCGUUUGUUAGUGGAAAAGUUUAUUGACAAUCCAAGGCACAUUGAGAUUCAGGUACAGAAUGCUGGUAACAUAAAUUAAUAUGCUCUGAUUGGCAAACUAGAAAUAUCCUUCAUUAUUCAUCUAAGCAAAACUAAAGAUAUGUAUGCUCCCUUGUGUUUUAGGAAUACCUAAUUAUGUUAAAAUCAUCUUUUUGUGCUAUAUUAACUGGGUGAUCAGUAUACUGAUUAAAUGAGUAGUAAUGAUUCACUACAUGAAUGUGUGGAAUGUUGCUCAAAUUUAUUUUGCUGGUCCAGAGUACAAUGUUUUUUUAACAAAUUUGGUUUCAUUCUUUUUUUUUUUUUUUUCAAUCCUUCUCCUAAGGUUCUUGGAGACAAGUAUGGGAAUGCUGUAAGUUUUAAUUUGUAUAAUUUACUGUAACUGUUAAACUUGAAUAAUUUCUGUCCAUUAGUACCAUGAGCCCCCAUUCACCAGCUUUUUAUGCACUGCAUGUUUAACAUAUCACGAAAUGUCACAAACAGGUGAGCAACAAAUCGGUGUACUUGUAAUGGUCUUUUGUUCCUAACUGGCCCAGAAAUUUCUUUUCAUUUUGCCUCAACCCCUAAGCAGUAGACUUACUAAUUGCUUUUUCUAAGCAUUUGUGAAUUGCGUUUGUGUAACAUUGCAGAAUAUUGGAUCAAAGUUUCUAAUUUUAUGCAUUACACAUAGGUUUAUGUGAAUGAAAGAGAAUGUUCUAUCCAGAGACGGAACCAGAAAGUCAUAGAAGAAUCUCCUAGGUAAAAUUAAAGUUUCUGUUUUAUAUGUAUUUGAGGUGGAUCCAAGAAAUUUUGAUGGGGUGCUCAAACUUUGAUAAAUAAACACCAAUCUUUUUACACUCUAGCCUGGAAAUAUUUCUUGACAACUAUCAAUUGGUAAUGUGUGAUCCUGUCAUUGCAAGAAUUUUUUUUCUUAGACAAGUAGUAAAAAAUUCACUGGUUUUUAAGAUGAGGCAGGAUGUGGACAACUUACACCCUCCUUCUCGAUCUGCCAAUGUAUAUCUAUCAUGCAGUUUGUCAAAUGAAAUAUGGUGUUUUGAAACAAUGCUGACAACCACUUGGUUGUAAUGAUUUAACCCUUUAACUCCCAAGAUUUCAGUAGUAAUUCUCCUGUCUGCUAUACAAUUCAUAUGAUGUUGGUUAGGAGAAUUUGGAAUUGGAUUAACCAAUAAUCCCCUAAUUGAUAUUUUUCUUUAUUCUCAUCACUUGUCUGCUUGAUAUUCUAUUGAUAUUGUAAGGAGAAAUUUUGUCUUGGUCACCAGUGGGACCUAAAGGGUUAACUCUUUAACUCUCUUAAGCUGGCCCGUAUAACUUCCUACAAUUUUAGUGCAUUAUCACCCACUUCUGUCUCUAUAAAUAUUUCACCAUUCACAAAAACUAUUGACAGAAAAUACUGUCUUUAAUAUUUUUUGGCAAUCUAAUAUAUAUGUUUUUUUCCUGUUAGCCCAUUUGUGGAUCCUGACACGAGAAAAGCAAUGGGUGAACAAGCUGUUGCACUGGCUAAAGAAGUUGGAUAUGACUCAGCCGGCACUGUGGAGUGUUUGGUUGACUCACAGAAGAACUUUUAUUUCCUAGAAAUGAACACUCGUCUGCAGGUGGAACACCCUAUCACUGAGAUGGUAGCUGGAGUUGAUCUUGUAGAACACAUGAUCAGAGUAGCAGCAAGUAUGAGAAUCCUGUUGUAUGAAAAGAAAAGGGAAAUGAAAUGAAGUUAUAACUUGCAGAUGAGACAUGAAUAACUGAUUCUGACUGGUGAACUGCAGGAAACAUUUUUCUCAAAAGAAGGCUUGCUGUACUUUUUAGCUCAAUAUUCAUUUAGGAGUUUCAUUUAGCAGCCAGGUAGUGGGUUACUUGCCCCACUUGUAACCUUAACAUAAUCGUCACUGUUCUCUUAGCAUACUUAGUUUGGGAUAGACCUCAAAUUGUGGGGGAAUGAAACUGCUCGAGUCUAAACUUUUAAAAUUUUCCUGGGCAGCCCAGACCUCUCAAGGAAUUGGAGGUCUCUUUGUCCUUAAUAAUUUUGAAACCACUGUUCAUUUUUUUGCGGGGAUGCAUUAAAAUUCCCUAAACUGAGAUGCUUUGACAUGAAUAGAUACCUUUACGAUAAAUUUUUGGGACGGAUUUGCAUUUCAUCGUCGAGUACAAAGUCAAGCCAAGUUUCUUUUGAUCUUGUUGCGUGUAACGUCUUUCAGAUCAUCCGCUUAACAUCACGCAGGCUGAUAUUCCCAUCAAUGGCUGGGCUGUUGAGUGCCGUGUGUACGCUGAGGUGAGGCAUUUGGAAAGUUCCUCUGUCAUUAGCUGUGCUAUCCAGGGUGAAAAUCAUUACCUGAUGCUUUUAAAAAUUCUCUUUGAGUAUCACCUUGAUCACAUACUAGCAUGGGCAAGGAGAAAAUGAUCAUUGAUCACAAGCUUGACUUUGACCGUUUCUUGUUUAGGAUCCAUACAAAAAUUUUGGUUUGCCAUCCAUUGGAAGGCUGUACAAGUAUAUUGAGCCAACUCAUCUACCAAAUGUAAGUAAUUUUACUCGAACAUCAAAAAUCUUUAUUUAUUUAUUUAUUUGCAACAACAGACAGGCUUGCCCAAUUCAGCUUUAAAGCUGGUUUAAAUGGAGGCUUGUAUAAACAAUAACAAGGCCAGACCUUAACACAGGGAGUUACGUUCCCGACUUUUUGCGAGAAGUGUGUGGAUUCUUUAACGUCCCCUGAUAACCAGUAUAGGGAACAUACGGGAGACAGGACAACGGUUUAUCGUCCUCAUCCGAGAACUGGAAUGCCUAACGAUUUGCGCAUGUCAUAACAAAGGCAACACAUUCCCCUCACUUAUUUUAAGACCCUGAGUGCUCUUACUUAAAUCGACUUGGCUAACAGUGUUCCUCUCUGUCUUGUUAGGUUCGCUGUGACAGUGGUAUCAUUGAAGGCAGUGAAAUAAGCAUUUAUUACGACUCCAUGAUAUCGAAGGUAAACAUUUCGGAUCAAUAUCAGUAUCUGGGCAACUGCCCACCUACCCCUCCCCUAACCCAACAUUAACCCUAACUUGUCAUCAAUUGACUGUUAUUGGGUUAGGGGAGGGGUAGGUGGGCAGUUGCCCAGAUACUGAUAUUGAUCCAACAUUCCUUGGUGAUUUUAAGGUAAAUUUGUGUUCAAUGUCAGUAUCUGAGCAACCGCGCACUGCGUACCCACCCCUCCCUUAAGCCAAUGCGAUGGAUGCGCCAUUUGUCACCUUUCUGUGUCCUUAUUUCAAUGAAAUAAUUUCCUUUCCUUGCGGGCAGUUUUUGUGAUUUUUUUAACUAAAAAAGUGUCACUUAUCAAUAUUUUAGCUGGUUACUCAUUCGCCGACAAGAAAUGAAGCUCUUGAUCUGAUGAACAAGGCGUUGGAUUCUUAUGUUAUCAGAGGUAACAGUGAAAUAACGGUCAAACCGUAGGGUGUUAUGCGCAACUAGAACUACCUUGCACAGCAAAAUAACAGCACCAUAACAUAGAACUGCUCGGUAGCUUCACACGUUUGGUGUUAUCCACAGACUUACAAGUCAGAAUCAUCGUGCACAACAUGAUAAACAGCUGCUGGUCUCACACAAGGGUUUUAUCCUCAAGCUUAAAAAAAGCAGCGCGUGAUCCGAAUAUUCAUUAAUUCACAACCUAGCUCAAAAUUAACCACAUUUUGUUCUCCGAUAUUCUGUAGGUGUCACAUAUAAUGUUUCACUUCUCCGUGAUGUUCUUAAUCAUCCCAAAUUCCGCCUCGGAACCAUCACCACGAAGUUUCUUCCCGAAGAGUAUCCAAGUGGAUUUAAAGGUGAAGAGCGCAAGGAAAACUAACAAACAUAAAAACAUUUGGCGUCAGGGUCAUUGCGCUAUAAUUUCGUUUCAGACAGUGUACUUUCACAGUGCCUCUCCACAAAAAAAAAAUGUUAAUGGUUAUGGCUUUCAGAAAAUUCUUAGGGAACUUGCAGAGCGGGGAUAGUAACCUUACUAGCGGUGGAGUUUUAUCCUUUUUAAGGGAGGUAGCACAAUUGUGGCUGUUUGAAGAAGUUGGCCACGAAUCGUUGUUGAAUUUGUUAAAUCUGGUUUUUAUUCAACAUCAGGUCAUCAGUUGACUGAGGAAGAAAGAGAUGAACUGCUCGCCACGACAGCCUAUUUCUUCGUGCAAAGAGCAAGAAAAGCGAUGGCCUUCAAGAACCAAAGCAAGUGAGUUAUGGGAAAAAGAUUGGGGAAUAAAGAAGACAGAACCGAACUGGUGUGACGUGCGCUACCGCACGCGCGACUUCUGCACGCGCGCUCUGAGACCUUAACGUCAGCAUUGUUACGUGUACGAUUUUCAUGCGUGUGAGUUUUCAGUUUUGGUGGGUCGCAUUUUUGAGGAUCUUCGUUUGGAGUCUUAUCAGUUUUUGUUUCUUAUCAAAGCGUGUUUCCCUUUGGGUUUUUUUUCCGAGUGAUUAAACGCGCCUUUUUCGAUAAGUUUUCCGUAACCGCUUUCGAAAACAUCCACCGCAAAGUAACUCCCCGAGAUUUUUUUUCGUUCCUCGAGCUAACAAAACGGUAGCAGUUUGGAGUCAGGUCACAUGAAAAUUGCUGUUUUUAACAAUCAUUUUAUUUUGUUUUUAGGCUCAAUGCUGUGAGCAAGAAACCAUCUGCGUGGGACCUGGUAAUUACUUUGCAGAAAGCUGAUUAUCCAGUUGUGAUACGGGCCAGGGAAGACGGAAAUUUCGAGGUCAGUCUGAAAGGGUCUUCUUGUCAAAACUUUACGUUAUAUAAAACAAUACCCACAAUUUUGGUCACCAUGGUGGAAGAAUUUCCCCUUCGUGCAUUUUACUCUUUCCUGUUCCCAGUGUAAUUAUGAUUUAAAUUUAGAUGUGAUGUUGCUUUGUGAGUUUCAUCUAUAACCGACCAUUGAAAGGAGCGGAAUGAAUACUAGGUUUUGUCGAAUUCCAAAAGGAUAGGAAUCUACUAAAGAGUUCGAUUAAAGAAUGGAUAGUGUGGAUGAAAGAAUAUUUUACUUUGAACAAAGGUGAAACUAAAUGAAAUUUGGGUAAUGGUUAAGUUUUGUGGAACAGAACUAGGAUGCUAGACAUUUUUAAUGAACUGAGAAUAAAUGAAUUGUAAACUGGCCAGCCUUGAGGAAGAGAGACUUUUUUACUUGUCUGAUUCACACACUGGGAUCACAGGAUACCCAACAAUACUUGUUAAGGAUUUUAGACGGACAGACGAUGGCGAAGGUGGAAGUGAAAUUUACUUGCCGUUCCUGUCUUAAUAAAACUUGACAUAGGCUAAGAUUUUCUUAAUUCUGGCUGCGUUGUAGGUCAGCAUAGAUGGAAAGCAAGUGGAUUUCAACACAUCCUCUGGACUGUCAGAUCCGGUAUUCGGAGCCAAGAUAAAUGGAAAUGAUGUUUUGUUACAGGUAAGAUUGGGGUUAAUUUUAUACUAUCAGUUGUCCAAUAACUUAUCAACAAUGAAUGACUUUUCCUUGUCUUCUUUUGUAGACUUUAAAGAAAGAAGGAAAUCUCUUCGCAAUUCAGCACUAUGGAACAACAGUAAGGGCAUCAGUUUAAUACAAGUUAGGAAAAUUUACCCGACGGAGGAACUGUGUGCAAAGAAGAUUAUCGAAUAUGGAAGCGAUCUUCGCAGUAGUGAACAGUACUUCGGCAGCAGUGAAAAUAAGGGUCGAAAAACAAGAGAGGUCUUUGGUUCAAAUCCUGUACAGGCCUGAAUUUUUCAUAUAUUUACAAUCAAAGAAGAUAAUCAUUAUCCUCAUUAGGAAAAUUUAGGAGACUGGUGCGAUAGUUGUAAAGACGUUCUCGUACACCGUUGUAAGUCACGUUUUGUUUUUGCAGUACAAACUACGAGUGCACACGAAGGAUCAGUACGAGUACAUGAAGUACAUGCCAGAGAAACAAGAGGUUUGGUGAAAUCUUAUGAACGGGAAGGAACUCAGAGACAAACUAAUUACUUGAAAACACUUUUUUAUCUUUUAUAUUUUGUGGUGAAGCGCUUUGAUCACUAAAAAGCGUUAACCCUUGAGAAAGUAAAAAUCCUCACAAGAUUUGACUGAACUUUGCCUAUUCAGAUGUUUGAAAUGACUUUUCAGUUGACUUUUGUUUGGCUGGCCGUUAUCAAUCUGACUUCAUUUGACCUGACUUUCUAUGAACCCACUCGUUCGGCCUCCACUUCCUCUCGUUAGUUCAUUUGCUCGAAAUUUUCCCACGUUAACUUGACUUGGCUUUUGAUCUCGUCUAAGUAACUUUAAUUUAUCACUAGUAAAUUCAAUUUUGAUGGAAGAUAAGAAAAUCUUUUAAUGUAUAUAUACUCUCUCUUAUCCAGGAGGACAUGUCCCCAUUCCUCAAGUCACCCAUGCCUGGCACAGUUGUAUCAGUGGCUGUCAACGUCGGUGACACGGUAAGAUAUGCAUUACAAAUUCACAUAAUGAAAUUUUUGGAUUCUUCGUCACGUAAUCUCCCUGCCUCUUCGUCCGCGCGAGGACCAAAAAACAGUCUACGUGACAAGUCCACAAGAACGUUCCUCCCGCUUCUUUUGCAUGGUAGGCCAAAAAAUUGUUGAUUGACAAGUGACCUCUACGUGCACAAGCAGGUGACCUCUGCGUGCACGCAUUCGCAUGGGUAACUUCUGCAAACACGCGCGACUGACUUCGGCGUGCGACUUCUUAGUUUGCGCGCAGAUGUCACUUUCACAUGCAUGUUCAGAUGCUCGUGAAAGAGACAAGUUCAUCCUAAAGACGGGUAGAUUUCAAGUGUCUGUGAAGCAUCUGUGGAACAGGACUCAAAUGAUGCAAGUCACAUCGGCGUUCACAUGCUCGGAGUUCCAAACAUCAUUUCAGUUUAACCGUACCUGCAACUUGAAUCUGGGCCACGAGAAGUUGACCAUGUAUUAGUUUGCGUCAAAUGAAUUUAAAAUAUAACUCAUUCACCAUGUCCGUUAUUUUUCGUCAGGUCCAUGAAGGACAGGAGUUAGCCGUAGUGGAGGCAAUGAAGAUGCAGAACAGUUUGCAUGCAGGACUUUCUGGAACUGUAAGUAAAUGAUGGAAAGAUAAUGGAGACAUUAUUUCAAAUUUGUCAUCAAUUUUUAUUUAAGCUCUGAUCUAGGGCCUCAGGGUGAUCCCCCUCCACCUAGAGGCGAGUUAAGUCUGGAAUAAAAAGAUUUUUCCCAUUUUUUCCAACAUGGCCUUGUACACGGCUAAAAAAAAAGGAAAGAAGCCAUGGAGCGUUAAGAAUUCUGAGCUUAUUUUAUUUUGUUGUACAGAUAAAAAAGGUGAAUUUUAAAGCCGGAGACAAAGUUGGUGAAGGAGAUAUUAUGGUUGAAAUUGAACAUCACCCCGACCACUGAGACGGCAAUUCUAUUCUAGGAGGAAAAGGUUAUCACAAUUUUCGGGUCAAGUGACUUUUUAUGAGCUCGUGGAAGUGACUUCCGCGCACAAGUCUCGUCGACUUCUGCUCGGAAAUGCCAAUGACAAAAUGAACUGACUUCUUUGUGUCCGUGAAAAUGACUCCUGUGAAGCUACAAUUGCUGGCCUACCACUAAAGUAGGGAGCUCAUGUAUGCAUAUUAUAUGUACAUGCAAAUGAACUAGCGUCCUUAUGGGGCGCGUGCGGGUAAUCAUAGGCGUGUGUGCGCGUUUGAUCUCCGUAUGAACUCCUAGGUGACUUCUAUGUGCAUACACAAUUGACUUAAGUGUGCACAUACAGAUUACAUCUGCGUGUGUGUACUUGCGUAAGUGACUUCCGGGAGCAUUCACAAGAUUUACUUCUGCCCGAACGUGCAACUGACCCUUGCGUGCACGCAUAAAGAACUCCACGUGCACGUGACCUCUGCAUGCACGCGUGGGUAACUUCUGCAAGCAUGCCCCACUCACUUACGCGUGAGACUUCAACGCUUGCACGCAGAUGACACCUGCACAUGCACGCGCAAAUGACUUCUGCAUCUACGAGCAAUUCACUUAAACACGCCUUAUAUCGUACGUGAAAAAUUUUAAUUAGUAGUUUGGUGAAGGUUGACGUUGUACCAAGUUAUAAUUUCAGCUAAACUUUGUGUUCGGAUGUAAUUGAUUUGAGUUCGUAUGUAAUUUAAUACGCAUUGCUGAAGGUUCUAAAUGUUUUUUCCUAAAAAUGCGUGAGAACUUUCUUGAACAUAUUAAGGCGAUGUUGUAAUACACUUUGGAACCUCUAUCAAAGUCUUAGUUACUACCUCUCUAUGGUGCAUCAGAAUAUGAAAUUUUUGGUCAAUCUUUGUUGUAACGUUCGAAGAUUUUAACUAAUUUUUCAAUCAAAAAAUACCAUCAACACUCGCGAAUUCUGUGGACAGGAUCAAAAUAGUUUUGAUUAAAUUGGUGCCAGGACUUGGUGUCGUCCAAUUAUAACUGUAGUCGUACUCGUGAUAAACAAAUCACGAGAACGGUUACAGAACGAAUUGGACUCCACUCGGUCAUAUUACCAUGACCUAUUUUGCAAAUGUAAAGAAACAGUCAGAACUCAACACUC